CAAAUCAUCACCACACAGUUCAUCUCUAAUAUCACAGUCCAUAUCUACUUCAUCGAGACAAUAUGAAGACUCACAUAUUAUCGCCCAUCUUUGCGCUGUACUGGACAUAUCUGACCAUGGCCUUCACCACCCACGCGAUACACACCUACCACGCGUUUCCUCGCAAAGUUAGUAGCGACCAUCUAGUGCAACGCUGGGCUAUAUGCGGUGCAAUCAUCGCGGCUGCUUGUAUUUUCCGGGCCAAGGGUAUACAACCGUACAUUUCAAUCACCCCAUCCAAUCCCGACCACAGAAGUAUGAGGGUUUCAGAUCGCACACUUGACACGAUUGAUUUCAUUGCACGAUGGGGUGGCGUUUUCGAAAGGGCAUUUCAUGGCUAUAUGAUAUGUUUAAUGGCUUUGUGGGUAGCAAGAAAUGUGGGAAUAGUCUCAUAUACAAUUAUGUUUGUCACUAUUGGUCCUGGUGGAAGAGACAUUCGCCGAACCUUUGACCGCGACUGGAGGAAACAAUGUGCUCAAAACUUGUCAAUAUGAUUGUCGUUAUUCGGUCAAUUUACUGCUAUGAAUCUUUCUGCAGCCGAAUGCUAAAUAUGAAUCUCAUGCGCUAACGGCAACUUGCUUCGCUUGCAAAUUCACAUCGGAAACCACCAUUGUUGGGGCAGACGAAGAGGCAGACCGCACAGCAGCUUCGAGCGGAAACACUUGAUUUUUCUCUUCAACACCAUCGUAUACACGCGCCCACCGGUCCUUUAGUUCUUCUGGUGUCUGCCACGCGUUCUCCUCGUCACGAAGCCAUAGUCUGACAAGAUGGCGCUUCUUGGUUUCGGAGUCACGGAAGCCCAGGCGUGCAUGGAACACGCUCAGGUUGUUCACAAACUGAAUAUCACCAGCCCGGAACUGCAGUGCAAGAGCAUGCUUCUCGGCGGUAAAGUGCAGCGCAUCCAGUGCUUCAGCCUGAGCCUCCGUGAUGGCUGGAAUAGUAGAUGUGCGUGGGAGAGACCAGUAUCCGACGAAUGCGCGGCGGGCGUACUGGAUAAGAAUACGUUCUGGGCUGGAUUCCGUCGCAGCUUGGUGGUAAAGAAGUGGUCGAGCAGUGUAUCCUGGAGGACCAGUCUUGCCAAACCUGCACAUCGUUAGCAUAUUACUCGACUACAUUCAGUAAUGCUUUCGUACUCAUCAUUGGCCCACGGCUCGGCCAGUGUGCGAAUCAAGUCAGGCCUCGUCCGGGCCAGCUCGUUGUAUACAGUCCAGCUGCUGGCGAGAUAGCUGUCGCCGCCUUCAGCCGCCUCGCUCAGGGCAAACAGCGCAAUGACAUCGCCAGCAUCGGUGUGGAAGACUUGCUUCUCAGUAGUAUAUGCUGGGGACCCGAUGAGUUUGGAGUCUUCCGCAUUGCCAGAAAGAUCUUUGAUAUGGGCAAGGACCACGUCGGCUGGCUUGCCAUUAUAUGAGCUGUCUUGGCGGCCGCGAAUGGUAGCUACGUGCGAUGAGAUACCGGCAUAGAUGAUGACAUUGUCCUCACGAGAGUAGAGGUGCACUGGGACGCCGCGCACCACGGUGAAGCCAUGACCAUUGUGAAUCUCGUGAGAGAUGGCGCGAAGGCGCGGGUGGAGAUUGGGUAAAGGGAAUGUUUCUUGGCUGACUGCGCCAAGGGGUCGACCGAGGCCUAGAAUUCAUUUCAAUUGAUUGUGUGAAUAAACAUGGGCUUUACGGCAAUACAUACCCUUGAAGUGCUGCAGGGCCUGGUGCACCUCAGCCAAGUCGUUCUCGGUCAAUUGAUACGACCACUCGAACUCGUCUACGACUGUUGCACCCUCCCAUGCCAGUGUAGCAUCGAGCUUCUGAGGGAAUCCUGAUGGAAGAGUCUUUGGAAUAUCCUCAGUAGCCUGGCGACGCUUGAUUCUGUCUUGGUACUUGUCCCAAUUGGGCGUGUAAGCGAUAUCCGGUUGGCCGGGCGGUCCAGUGGUGGGAAUAACAACGGCAGUCAUGUUGCAGUGUUGGCGAAGUAUGUCUCAAUUGAUGCAGAUAGGAUGAACAGGAGUUCUUUUGUCUGUAUUCUCCCGUUCUUAUUUAUGCAUGCAACCAGGGUACCCCGCCGCGCCGUUGUGUAAAGUGCGAUGGACGGGAUGGCGGGAUUGCGGAGUAGAUAUGAUGCAAGCGGUGGCGAAUUAGUGGCUGCCAUUCAAUCAUCCGGACGGCCCCCGACGGGAAGAUGUAGCAGCUAAAUCGUCAGCAAAUACGGCUAUUCGACCGUUGGCUGGUGGUGCUGCAGCCGAUGAUGCAUUGCCGUGAACCCCCCCCUCUAUGUAGAUGAUGGCGCCAUCGCAGCCGGCGAUGAGCGUCAGCUUGGCGGGCAGCAGUCCGCGACUUACAAAAAGGGACAAUAUACGAUGCUGGAAUAGAGCACAAUUGGAUUAAGUAAGGAAAAGAAAAAAUGUCGACUGAUCAGAAAGUCGACUAUUCGCCUAGUGCGUCGUCGGAGAGCUUCAACGAAGACACCGGCUAUACUAGAGUGAUUGCAGAGAAUGGCUCCAGCCUCGCCUAUCAAGAUGCCGUCGGCGCACCAGUUGAGUCGUCGUCGCCGCUUGGUUACAAUGUAGGCUGGGCUACUGUGAUUUUUCUCAACAUUAACCAGCUCAUUGGUACGGGUAUCUUUUCUACACCGGGCAGUAUCCUAAAGGCAACAGGGUCUAUUGGCCUAGCCCUCAUCUUUUGGACAAUUGGUGCCAUCAUGGCCUUUGCCGGCUUUGGCACAUACCUCGAACUUGCCAGCUAUUUUCCAAACCGCAGCGGCUCCGAGGUCGUCUACCUGGAACAGGCGUAUCCCAAGCCGCGUUUCUUGCUGCCAAUCAGCUUUGCUGUGCAGUCUGUGGUUCUUGCAUAUAGCAGCAGUAAUGCCAUUGUAUUGUCUCAAUACAUCUGGCGAAUUGUGGGAAGAGCGCCGUCGGCCUGGGAAAUGAAGGGCGUUGCCAUUGCCGCUUACACCUUUGCUGUGGGAGGCGCUAUCGCCAGCAACCGCUACUCUUUAUAUGCCGUCAACAUCUUUGGAAUUAUCAAGAUCAUCACGCUCAUCUUUAUCAGCAUCACAGGAUUCGUUGUAUUGGGAGGUGGCGUAAGUCGCGUCUCUGACCCGGGCGCCAACUUCCGCAACGCCUUUGAGGGCGCCACACCCAACGGCAACGAUCUCGCCAAUGCCCUAGUCAGCAUUGUAUUUUCGUACAGCGGAUAUCAGAAUGCGUUCAACGUUGUUGGAGAAAUAAAAAACCCCGUUCGCACGCUGAAAAUCCACGGCUUCAUCUCGGUGCUGGCUACUGCUCUGCUCUACAUCUUCUGCAACAUUGCCUACUUUUCCGCAGUGGAUAAAGCCGCGUUUGCAAAGUCUAAAGAGACUGCCGCAUCUGUUUUCUUCGUUGCCGUCUUUGGCAAGGGUUCUGCCGAAACAGCUCUCAACGUAUUGGUGUUGUUCAGCGCCUUUGGCAAUCUGCUUGCUGUGCUUGUUGGCCAGUCUCGCAUGGUUCGCGAGAUUGGACGUCAGGGUGUCUUGCCUUGGACCAAGUUUUGGGUAACUACAAAGCCCUUUGGAACGCCCAUAGGGCCAUAUAUCCUGAAAUGGGUCAUGACAUUUAUCAUGAUUGCCGCACCGCCCCCAGGAGAUGCCUUCCAGUUUGUUGUCAGUCUCAAGACGUACCCUGACGGCAUGUUCAACCUUGCUCUGGCUAUUGGUGUCUUCCUCAUUCGCCGCCGCAGAGCCGCAAGCAACAUUCCGCGCCCCGAGUUCCGGGUGUGGGACGUGCUUCUGAUAUUCUACACGCUUAUUCAAGUGUACAUCUUGGUUAUGCCGUGGUGGCCACCCAAGGGCGGACCAUAUGCCGGAAGUGUCAGCUUUUGGUAUGCGACAUACUGCGUAGUUGGAAUUGCAGUCAUGAUCUUGUGUGGCCUCUACUAUGUCGUCUGGAUGCACGUGCUGCCGCGAUGGCGUGGAUACCAGAUCCGCGCAGAGAUUGUUACCGAGGAGAAUGGUAAAGUGGCAGCACAUAGACUUGUCAAAGUACCUGAAUACGACGUGGAACGAUGGGACGCGUCUCAUGACGACUCGGGUCGCCUACGGCAUCGAGCUGUUGCUGAAUCUCGACCCGGAGAGCAACAGCAGCAGCACCACCAGGAGUCAGACCAGAAGCAAACUGUUUAAUCCAUUGGUAUUGAAUUGUAAAUAGCAUAGAACGUAUAUGUACGCCAUUCAUACAUACAACGCUU